AACGCGCCAUCUAUAUUCAAAAAGAAAGAACACAGAAUAUUUUUAUUCCACGUCCCAUUCUUCUACUCAUUUUGUCAUUCAAAUUCAUUUUUUUGUUUUGUUUUUCAAAAUCUUGAUCUCUAUAGAAUUAUGCAGAAUUAAUAAACCAAAGAAAUGUCUUCUUUAGGUCAAUUUAUUAAUAAAAAAUUUGUAUUCUGUGCUGCGGGUAUAUUUUUCUGCUAUUUUUAUUAUGGUAUUCUUCAAGAAAAAAUUACCCGAGCCAAAUAUGGAAUAAAACGUGAACAGUUUACUUAUUCAAUGUCAUUAGUAUUUGUUCAAUGUAUUAUCAACACAUUAUUCGCCAUUUUUUUCAAUUCAUUUUUCACAUCGAAUGAAAAAGAUGGAACAAAAUCCAAAGAUACGACAACAAAUUUUCUUUAUGCUUCUGCAUCAAUUUGCUAUGUUGUCGCUAUGGUUUCUAGUAAUCGUUCAUUAGAACAUGUAUCAUAUCCCACCCAGGUGAUUGCCAAAUCUUGUAAACCAAUACCGGUCAUGAUAAUUGGUGUUUUAUACACCCGAAAAAGAUAUACCUUGGCCAAAUACUUCUUUGUCCUAUUGAUUGUCAUUGGUGUUGGUACAUUUAUGUACAAUCCAAAUAAAUCUUCAUCUGCUGCUACAAAUGCUUAUUUUAUUGGCGAAUUAUUAUUACUUUUAUCAUUGACCAUGGAUGGAUUUCUUGGUGCUUUUCAGGAUAGAAUGAAAAGUGAACAUCAAACUAAACCUGGCCGAAUGAUGUUCUGGAUGAACGCCUGGUCUACGCUAUUUCUUUUGGCUGCAUUGAUUGUUACCGGUGAAUUGAAGCAAUUUAUAAGUUUUAUCAACCGAUUUUCAUUUGUCAUCUGGUCUAUUCUACAAUUCUCAAUCAUGUCUGCUGUUGGACAAUUAUUCAUCUUUUUAACCAUCACAAAUUUUGGUCCGCUUUCUUGUUCAUUGGUUACGACUACUCGAAAAUUUUUUACCGUCCUAUUCUCCGUACUUUUAUUUGGAAAUUCAUUGACCGGGCAACAAUGGCUAGGUACGGCGUUAGUUUUUUCGGGUUUAGGACUCGAUAUGUUUUUUGGGAAACAGCCACCUAAGCAAGCCAAGAAAAAUUCAAUCUAAAAAUUUAGCUAUAUAAAAUUGUAUUUAUAUAACACAAAUUAAAUAUUUUGAGGUCAUAGAUCAAAUUAAAAAAAAAAUUUAAUUGUAUCAA